AUCGGUGCGGGAGCUGCUGUCGGUAUUGGAAAUGUCUUCAGUUCUUUGAUCCAUUCCGUAGCUAGAAAUCCAUCCUUAGCAAAACUUAGACUUAGUAGGACUCGUUCGUUCAUCUGGUUUCAACUUUACUUAAAUUUUUCUUUAUAUAGUUAUAGUUCGACUAAUCUUUUUUAUUUGUUCGAGAGGUUUCCUUUUGUACGAAACCUUCCCUUUCAAAUAAAAAGAAUACUCACUAUCCUAAUUGUUCUCCUUCUUUCGAAAAUCUCAUUCUUAUUGAUGAAUGAGCUAUUGAGCGCGGUUGUCCCCUUUUUGCCAUCGCUGGGGGAAAGAAAUGGGAAUUCAAUUCCACCCACCCCGCCUCAUCAUUCAGAUUCAACUCUAUUGGCAUUGGGGGACACAUCAAAUAAUGAGAAUACGCUCUCUUCUAGAGGUAUGCCCGGUUCUGGGUCGGCUGUUAGAAUCAUUCAAGCGCCCAGUCCGGGAACCCGGGCGGAAGUAUUCGAGGUUGAGACCAGUCCGGAGCUUGAAACGCAACUUCAGGGGGCGACCCCUUUAGGGCAGCACGAGGAGGCGCGCAGAAGGGAGGAGGAGGUGGGGCAAGCCUCUAGUCCCCUUCUAGACAAUGAACACGAUCCUAUCCAAGUUGACGAGCUUCUAGAUGAGAUUACCAAAGUCCUUCAUAAAUUGGAACCCUCAAAACUACAAAAAGCCAAAUUGGAACGCUUGUUAGAGCCUGUUAAGCUAGACCUAUCCGACGCGCCGGAAGAACUCCUAUACACUGUCCUUGAUAAAAUCAAAGAGCUGGAGUCUGCAAAAUUUUCCAAUAAGAAAGGCCGCAGGCUCCAGGCAAUUUCCAAUUUACUUAAUUUGAUCCGCGAAUGGAAGACGAGAAAUUGAGAAUCGCUCAUCCAAUUACUACACGAAGCUAUUGCCUUAUUU